UGAACUCUACAUGUGCAAAUUCUCUUGGAAGUUUCAACUGCUCCUGUAAUGAGGGAUUUGCUGGAAAUGGCACUUAUUGUGAAGACGUCAACGAAUGCCUAAUGAGCAAUUACUGCCACGAAAAUGCUACGUGCAAAAAUAAAAUUGGUUCAUUUGAAUGUGAUUGUGAUGAAGGUUUCAUAGGAGAUGGUCGUGAUUGUAAAGCUACGAACUGCAGUCUUCUUUCCUGUGGCGAAAACGAACAGUGUGUUCGAGCAGAUGAUAUCUUUAAGUGUAUUUGCAAAGACGAUUAUGAAGAACCUGAUUGCCGUUUAGUAAAAGCCACCUGCAAUGCUCGAGGUGAUCCGCACUACUCCACAUUUGAUGGAAAACUCUUUGAUUUCAUGGGAAAAUGCGAAUAUGUUCUGGCUAAGGACAGUGUGAACAACACAUUUGAAAUAAGACAAGUGAAUGAAGAAUGUGGAAAUAGUGAACCUUCCUGUACAAAAUCACUGACAGUGAUGUUCCCAAAUGUGACAAUUCAACUUCUGCGGGGAAGUGUGACAGUGCAUGGCACGACAAUCUCACUAUCAACAAUGUAUAUGGCCAACGGAGUGAAGAUAUCCCAACCCAGAAGUGGCAUUACGUUGGUCGAAAGCGAUUACGGUGUCGAGGUUGAGUGGAACAACGUUCAUAAUGUGAGAGUGACUGUGUUUGGUCGGUACCUGAACAGAACAUCUGGUUUAUGUGGAACAUACAAUCGAUAUCGCGGAGAUGAUUUCUUGAUGUCAAAUGGUACAACAACAGACAAUGAAGUAGAAUUUGGCAAUUCUUGGAAAACUGACCCUAGCUGUGAAGAUGCAACAUUUGUUGAUCAUCCUUGUACAACAAAUCCUGACAGAAAUGCAACUGCAAGAGCCAACUGUUCAGCUCUACGCGAUUCUCCAUUUGAUAAAUGCUCAAGUUAUAUCAACCCAGACGCAGAGGGUUAUAUUAGCGAUUGUGAAUAUGAUGUUUGUGCUUGUGAUGAUCAUCCAACUGUUUGUUUAUGUCAAGCAAUAGAGGCGUAUGUAGAUGACUGUGCCUCGUAUGGAGUGAAUAUUACCUGGUUGAGUUAUCCUCAAUAUCAGCAAUGUACUACUCCUUGUGCUAGUGAUCCUUGUUUCAAUGGUGGUACUUGUACAAAUAUUCAUAGUAACUUUUCGUGUUCAUGUCCUGUCGGGUUUACUGGUCACCGCUGUGAAAUGGAAGUUGAUGAUUGUGAUGAUCUAUCUUGUGGUGAAAAUGAAGUUUGUGUCAGAGUUGGAGAUACGUUUGAUUGCGUUUGUCAUCAAGAUUAUACAGGAGAUGAUUGUAAACAAAAAGUCGAAGCGACGUGUGUAACUUAUGAGAUCCUCAUUAUAGAACGUUCGAUGGAAAACGUUUUCGACUUCAUGGGUAAAUGCGAAUAUGUUCUGGCUAAAGACAGAGUAAACAACACAUUUGAAAUAAGACAAGAAAAUGAACCUUGUGGAAAUGGACUAGUAACAUGUACAAAAUCAAUAACAGUCAUCUUUCCGGGUUUAACUAUCAAACUUCAGAGAGGAAUGACUAAUGUGAAUGGUGGAGAGAUCAGCUCGUCGACAAACUACGGGGCUGUAAACGUUACAAUUCAUGGCAAUGGUAGGACCGUCGUGACAAGUGAUUAUGGUGUAACUGUGUUUUGGAACAAUGUUUAUAAUGUUCGAGUAACAAUCGCAGGUCGAUACGUGAACCGAACAUCAGGUUUAUGUGGUACUUAUAACAAAAUGAAAUAUGAUGAUUUCUGGACACCUUACGGUACCAUCGUAGGUGAUCCAGUAGAGUUUGGAAAUUCUUGGAAAGUCGAUCCUACAUGUGAAAAUGCAACUACAGUGGACCACCCAUGUGACGCCAAUGCAGAGAGAAGAUUGAUAGCACGAGAGAAUUGUUCAGCAUUACUCAAGCCACCCUUCAGUAAUUGUUCCAGUUAUAUCAAUGCAACUGAAGAAGGAUAUAUUUCAGAUUGUGAAUAUGAUAUGUGUGCUUGUGAAGAUGAUUCUGUUGCUUGUUAUUGUCAAGCGCUUCAAACGUAUGCUGAUGAUUGCUCUUCCGACGUCAAAAUAACGUGGAUGAAUUUAGAGCAAUUUGCCAUUUGCAACACGCCGUGCGCAAGUGCUCCAUGUUAUAAUGGCGGAACGUGUACAGACAUUGAUUCUUCGUCAUUUGAAUGUAGAUGUCCUGCCGGAUAUAUUGGUGCCCGAUGUGAGAACAAAGAUCUUUGCCAAAUACCAUAUUUAUUCUUGUCAACAUCAUCGGGAACAGUGUCUUAUAAUACAGAAAACUCCACAAGUAUCCCAAUGAAGGUUGACGAUAGAGUUGGCGCCUUAUUGUCAUAUGAUGCUAUCAACAGACGGUUAUAUCUCUAUGUUAAUGGUGAAGGAAUCACAAGUUAUUAUUUAGAUGGUUCUGAUGAGAUGACAACAAACAUCGGAAAUGUGAAGUUAUUCACUGUCAAUGGAAGAAACAAUUUGAUGUAUUACUACCAUGAACUGCAUAGUAGAAUAUAUGUGUAUAAUAUUACUGGUGAUCAAUUGCCAGCGAUUGAAGUUGAUGCUCUCAAAGAUAUAUCUAGUGUAAAAGAUCUGGAAAUGGACACAACAAAUGGUUACCUCUACAUAGCAAGAGCAGGUGAUCCUCCAAUCGUACGUUAUAACCCAGCAGAUAACACAAUAAUGGAGUUCAAUUUUGAUGGUUCAGCGCAGUCAAUUUCUGUGGAUGAGUACAAUAACGUCAUUUACUGGGCAAACUAUGAUGGAAUCAAUCACAAUGUUAUGAAAACUAGUCUCAAUAAGCAAACAAUUGGUUUAAACAUUAGUUAUCCUGGGGCGGUUGAAUUGACGUCUGAUGUUCUAAAUUUGUAUGUCUUGGACACCAGCAGCAACCGUAUUGAUAAGUACUUGAAGACAUCGUCCGAAAAACAAGGAAAUUUUACCUAUCAUGUUACGAUAAAUGACUUGAUAAUCGCAUAUGACAAUGAUGAAUGUUGUGCUGGAAGCUUCUGUCACGUGAACUCUUCGUGUGCAAAUUCUCUUGGAAGUUUCAACUGCUCUUGCAAUGAGGGAUUUGCUGGAAAUGGCACUUAUUGUGAAGACGUCAACGAAUGCCUAAUGAGCAAUUACUGCCACGAAAAUGCUACGUGCAAAAAUAAAAUUGGGUCAUUUAAAUGUGAUUGUGAUGAAGGUUUCAUAGGAGAUGGUCGUGAUUGUAAAGCUACGAACUGCAGUCUUCUUUCUUGUGGCGAAAACGAACAGUGUGUUCGAGCAGAUGAUAUCUUUAAGUGUAUUUGCAAAGACGAUUAUGAAGAACCUGAUUGCCGUUUAGUAAAAGCCACCUGCAAUGCUCGAGGUGAUCCACACUACUCCACCUUUGAUGGAAAACUCUUUGAUUUCAUGGGAAGAUGCGAAUAUGUUCUGGCUAAGGACAGUGUGAACAACACAUUUGAAAUAAGACAAGUAAAUGAAGAAUGUGGAAAUGGUGAACCUUCCUGUACAAAAUCACUGACAGUGAUGUUCCCAAAUGUGACAAUUCAACUUCUGCGGGGAAGUGUGACAGCGAAUGGCAUGACAAUCUCAUUAUCAACAAUGUAUAUGGCCAACGGAGUGAAGAUAUCCCAACCCAGAAGUGGCAUUACGUUGGUCGAAAGCGAUUACGGUGUCGAAGUUGAGUGGAACAACGUUCAUAAUGUGAGAGUGACUGUGUUUGGUCGGUACCUGAACAGAACAUCUGGUUUAUGUGGAACAUACAAUCGAUAUGGCGGAGAUGAUUUCUUUAUGUCAAAUGGUACAAUAACAGAUAGUGAAAUAGAAUUUGGCAAUUCUUGGAAAACUGACCCUAACUGUGAAGAUGCAACAUUUGUUGAUCAUCCUUGUAAAACAAAUCCGGACAGAAAUGCAACUGCAAGAGCCAACUGUUCAGCUCUACGCGAUUCUCCAUUUGAUAAAUGCUCAAGUUAUAUCAACCCAGACUCAGAGGGUUAUAUUAACGAUUGUGAAUAUGAUGUUUGUGCUUGUGAUGAUCAUCCAACUGUUUGUUUAUGUCAAGCAAUAGAAGCCUAUGUAGAUGACUGUGCCUCGUAUGGAGUGAAUAUUACCUGGUUGAGUUAUCCUCAAUAUCAACAAUGUACUACUCCUUGUGCUAGUGAUCCUUGUUUCAAUGGUGGUACUUGUACAAAUAUUCAUAGUAACUUUUCGUGUUCAUGUCCUGUCGGGUUUACUGGUCACCGCUGUGAAAUGGAAGUUGAUGAUUGUGAUGAUCUAUCUUGUGGUGAAAAUGAAGUUUGUGUCAGAGUUGGAGAUACGUUUGAUUGCGUUUGUCAUCAAGAUUAUACAGGAGAUGAUUGUAAAGAAAAAGUGGAAGCAACGUGUGUAACUUAUGGGGAUCCUCAUUAUAAAACAUUCGAUGGAAAACGUUUUGACUUCAUGGGUAAAUGCGAAUAUGUCCUGGCUAAAGACAGAGUAAACAACACAUUUGAAAUAAGACAAGAAAAUGAACCUUGUGGAAAUGGACUAGUAACAUGUACGAAAUCAAUAACAGUCAUCUUCCCGGGUUUAACUAUCAAACUUCAGAGAGGAAUGACUAAUGUGAAUGGUGGAGAGAUCAGCUCGUCGACAAACUACGGGGCUGUAAAUGUUACAAUUCAUGGCAAUGGUAGGACUGUCGUCACAAGUGAUUAUGGUGUAACUGUGUUUUGGAACAAUGUUUAUAAUGUUCGAAUAACAAUUGGAGGUCGAUACGUGAACAGAACAUCAGGUUUAUGUGGUACUUACAACGAAAUGAAAUAUGAUGAUUUCUGGACGUCUUAUGGAACAAUCGUAACUGAUCCAGUAGAGUUUGGAAAUUCUUGGAAAGUUGAUCCUACAUGUGAAAAUGCAACUACAGUGGACCACCCAUGUGACGCCAAUCCAGAGAGAAGAUUGAUAGCACGGCAGAAUUGUUCAACAUUACUUAAACCACCCUUCAGUAAUUGUUCCAGUUAUAUCAAUGCAACUGAAGAAGGAUAUAUUGCAGGUUGUGAAUAUGACAUGUGUGCUUGUGAAGAUGAUCCUGUUGUUUGUUAUUGUCAAGCUCUUGAGGCGUACGCUGAUGAUUGCUCUUCCGACAUCCAAAUACAGUGGAAAAAAUCACCUGAAUUUGCGAUUUGUGGUACCCCGUGUGCCAGCGCUCCAUGCUUCAAUGGUGGUUCGUGCAAAAAUCUUGAUGGAGGUGCAUUCGAAUGCAGCUGUCCAUUUGGAUUUUUAGGACAGCGGUGUGAAUUAGAAGAUCUUUGUCAAGUACCAAUUCUCUAUUACGCCAGUGAUUCUGCUGUAUAUUCUUACAACACAUUGACCAACAAAGUUAUGUCAAUUAUGCAAUCUUCUGAUACUCGACUGGUCUACGAUAAACAUAGCCGUCGAGUAUUAGUUUACAAUGCUAGCGAGGCUAUAUACAUGGUCAGUUUGGAUGGUUCUCAUGUCAAAACUCUGGCAGCAGAUGAAGAAUUUAUUGAACGUUUUACAUACGAUGGUCGUCGUAAUGUGAUAUAUUAUCUCCAUAAUCAAGCAGAUACUAUCCAUAUGUUAAAUCUGACGAAUAUGCAAGAUGACGAAGUUGUUGCCCUCUCUGGGUAUUCGAGCAUCAGAGAUCUCGACUUUGAUGCAGUGAAAGAUCAACUUGUUAUUGUGACUUCAACCAAUACAUCCCUUGUGCUUUACGACUAUGAUAUGGGCUCAGUUCGUGUAAUUGGCUACGAUCAUGGUGCUGGUCAAUCGCUCUUUGUUUACGACGGAACGAUAUAUUGGAUAAUCUACGAUUCAUUCACUAAUACCUUCAGACUUCUAUGCACGUCUUUUGCCGGCGUCACAAGAGAUCUUGGUAUCACCUACAAUACAGAAAUUCAUGUGGUGGUAAACCGUCAAUACUUUUAUGUAUUGGUUACCGAUAACGAUCGCAUAGACGUUUACUCCAAAACAACAUCGCUGAAACUCCGCGAAGUCCAAUUAGUUGCAGAUGUCAAGGAGCUGAUCCUUGCAUUUGAUGUUGAUGAAUGUUGCUCCAAUAACACAUGUCAUAUGAACGCCACGUGUUCAAAUACUCCAGGAAGCUUUGUGUGCACUUGCAAUGAAGGUUUUGAGGCGGUGGGAGAUGUUUGCGAAGAUAUCAACGAAUGUAAUCGUUCUUACUGCCAUCCGAAUGCCGAUUGUGUGAACAAUAUGGGAUCAUUUACCUGUAGUUGUUGGUCUGGAUACAAAGGAGACGGGUUGAACUGCACAGAAACCUGUGAAGAUGAAAUGCUAUUCUAUUCGACGGACUCAGAGAUCAUCUCACAUUACCCAGCCUGUAACAUCUCAGCCUCUGAUAGUAAAUUAAGUUAUGACAAACACAACAGAAGAAUAUUGUAUUAUGUUGACUCUGGAAAUAUCUUAUACAGUGCCGAUCUGAACUGCUCGGAAUCGAAAGUUGUAACUCAUAAUGUUCGCGUUGUAAACUAUGCAUACGAUGGCGUGAACGGUAUUCUGUACUACGUCCAUCAAUAUACCCCUUUUAUCCACUCACUUAAUGUCAGCAGCGGAGAUGACAAGUCUAUUCAAGAGUUGAGUUCCUUCACUGGAGUCAAGGAGAUGGAAAUGGACAUAAAACAUGGGUACCUGAUAAUUGCGAGAUCAUCGAAGCCUCCUAUCGCUUUCUUUGAUACCCAAUCAUCAACAACAAAAGAAAUAGACUACGAUGGUUCGGCCCAAGCGUUGUCCGUUGAUCAAGAUAACAAAGCUGUGUAUUGGGACAAUUUUGAUGAAGAUAAAGAAACGCACAAUCUGAUGAGAACAUACUACACUGAGCAAACACAGAAUCUUAACAUCAGCUAUAACGGAGAAAUUGAAUUAGCACAAGACUAUAGGUAUCUCUACGUGUUGUAUAAAGAAGGUAAAACUAUCGACAAGUACGACAAACGAACGUGGAUGAAGUUAAAUAGUACUCAAACUAAUGAUGGCCCACAGAAAGUGAUUGUAGCAUUUGACUACGACGAAUGUUGUGCAGAAACGUUCUGCCCGAGGGAAAACGCGAUAUGUACGAACAAGCCAAGUAGUUUUGAAUGCAUGUGCGAAAAAGGAUAUCUUCAUAAUGGCAGUUAUUGUCAUGAUAUUGACGAAUGUGAUAUGGAUAACAACUGCAGUGUCAACGCAACUUGCACCAACACUGAUGGAUAUUAUAAUUGCACUUGUAUGGAAGGAACUGAAGGAGAACCACUUAACAGCGUAUGCACAGAUAUUAACGAGUGUGAAUCAGGUGCUAGUUUAUGCCAUGCCAAUGCUACAUGCAGCAACUCUUACGGAUCAUAUAGCUGUGAAUGUAUCGAAGGUUACACUGGUGAUGGAGUGAAUUGCACAGACAUCAUUGAUUGUACGUCUGACGAUUAUCCAUGUCACGAAAAUGCCACUUGUGAAGAUGUACCAGGAUCGUUUGAAUGUGAAUGUAUGGACGGUUUUACAGGCAACGGGACCUAUUGUGAUGAUAUCAUUGAAUGUGAAGCUAAUCCUUGUCACGUCAAUGCUACCUGUGAGAAUACUAUUGGAUCGUAUAUUUGUCGUUGUGUUUUUUGGUACAAAGGUGACGGUGUCACCUGUGAUGCGUUUCUCGAAUGCACAGAUGACAGUGUGUGCGAUGUAAAUGCAACAUGCAAUAAUGUCACUGGGCGUCCUGUGUGCACAUGCAAUGAUGGCUUUAUCGGAAAUGGAAGCAUAUGCCAAGACCGAAAUGAAUGUAAUGCAACAAUGUAUCCUUGCGACGAAUAUGCAAUUUGCAACAACACAAUUGGAUCGUUUGAAUGUGUAUGCAAAAAAGGCUUCACCGGGAAUGAAACAUUCUGCGAAGAUCUUAAUGAAUGUGAUCUGGAAACGGAUGAUUGCGAUGGCAAUGCUACGUGUACAAAUACAAAGGGUGGUUACAAUUGUAGCUGCUAUGAUGGUUUUACUGGUGAUGGAUAUGAAUGUCAAGAUAUCAAUGAAUGUAGUGAACAGAAUGAUUGCCAUCGAAAUGCAACUUGUGUAAAUACUAUUGGUUCGUACAACUGCUCCUGUGAUGAUGGUUUUGAAGGGAAUGGCACAUACUGUAAAGAUGUAGACGAGUGUUCCUCUUACAAUCUGAAUGACUGUCACAUGAACGCCACUUGCAACAACACUUAUGGAUCUUUUGCAUGCUACUGCAAAGAAGGUUUCAAUGGAAACGGAACAAAUUGUAACGACACAGACGAGUGCCACUCUGAUGAGGAUGAUUGUGAUGAUUUUGCCACAUGUCAUAACUCUGUUGGAUCCUAUAAUUGUUCGUGUAAUGAAGGAUAUUCCGGUGACGGCUUUGACUGUCAAGACAUAGAUGAAUGCAGCCUUGGUUAUUGCCACAGCAAUGCCUCGUGCAACAACACGGCUGGUUCCUUCUCCUGUGCGUGCAAUGAAGGUUUUACUGGAAAUGGCACAUAUUGUGAAGAGAUCGAUGAAUGUUCUGAGAAAACUCACAAUUGCCAUGAUAAUGCGACUUGUGUUAACGAACCAGCUGGGUCAUUCACCUGUAAUUGUAAGCCGGGUUUCGCUGGAAAUGGCACUUAUUGUGAGAAUUUUAAUGAAUGUAAACAUACUCAUAAUUGUCAUGACAACGCAACGUGUACUGACACGAUUGGAUCUUUCAACUGUACUUGUAAGGACGGAUUUAACGGAGAUGGUGUAGUUUGCACAGAUAUAAACGAAUGUUCUGAUGACACUGACAAUUGCCAUGAUAAUGCGACUUGUACAAAUGAACCAGCUGGGUCGUUCACCUGUGUCUGUAAGGAAGGUUUCACUGGAAAUGGCACUUAUUGUGACAAUAUUGAUGAAUGUCAGCGCUCCCCUUGCGAUGGCAACGCGAGUUGUACUGAUACAGAAGGCUCAUAUGAAUGUAAAUGUAACGAUGGUUUCUCUGGCGAAGGGAAGACAUGUACUGAUAUUAAUGAAUGUUCUGAGAACACUCACAAUUGCCAUGCUGAUAAUGCAAAUUGUACUAAUGUACCUGGCUCAUUCACCUGUGGUUGUCAAGAUGGUUUCAGUGGAGAUGGCCGCACAGCUUGUAACAAUAUUGAUGAAUGUUCUCAGUCCCCACCUCCUUGCGAUACGAACGCAACCUGUACUGAUACAACAGGCGCAUAUGAAUGUAAAUGUAACGAUGGUUACAGCCGCGACGGAAAGACAUGUACUGAUAUCAAUGAAUGUAAAGCGGGCACUCACAAUUGCCAUGAUAAUGCGACUUGUAUUAAUCAACUUGCCUCAUUCACCUGUACCUGUAAAGAAGGUUUCACCGGAAAUGGCACAAGUUGUACGAAUAUUGAUGAAUGUUCUCAGUCCCCACCUCCUUGCGAUAGCAACGCGACUUGUACUGAUACAAAAGGCUCAUAUAAAUGUAAAUGUAACGAUGGUUACAGCGGCGACGGAAAGACAUGUGCUGAUGUGAACGAAUGCUUAGACCCAUCUCGUUGUUCUUCUGACCAAACAUGUGAAAAUUAUCCUGGAGAAUUCCGAUGUUACUGUAAAAGCCCAAGACAAAUAAUCAACGAAAUAACUAAGCAAUGUCGAGACGUCAUAUCAUAUCAAUUUGUAAUUGUCAUCCUUAUCCCGUUUAAUGGCGACCUUCUCAUUCCCAACAGUCUUCUUUGGUUCACUCGUAGCUUUGAAAUUCAAACUGCGAUUAAUAAUGUUUAUCUUGGGAGUAGCCUCGGAAGUCAAUACACAGGUUCCCAAGUUACAGGGUUUAGGCAAGGAUCGGUUAAAGCCACAUACGUCGCGACGUUCCAAUCUGGGAGCAACGUGACUCUUGAGGAUGCUGAAAAGGCCAUCCAAACAAACCUGAUUAACAACAACACUGGAACUUAUCUUGGAAAUCUUAGACUAAACGGGAGCAUUCCAGUAGAAUAUGAAGACUACAAUGAAUGUAACCCUGCAUCGACUAUUCAUGUUCCUGACUGUGGCGAAGGGGCGAAAUGUAUAAAUUUAGCCGGGUCGUAUCGAUGUGAAUGUGACAUUGGUUUUGAAGGAACACCACCUACUUGCGAAGCUGAGAAGCCACCAAUGUACUUUGUCAAUGAUGAGGAUCUUGAGCUGGUGAAAUCACUGACUAUCGCUAUGAUUGCUUACCUGGCGCUUUGCUUUUUUGUGACCUUUGUUCUUUUGAUUGCCAUGUGUACGACACUUUCCAGGGCAGUGGAAUAUUUGCCUGAAGAAGAUGAGAUACCGAUGGGAAGAGUAACUUCAAUAGCAGCACCCAAGUACGAAGAACGCCAAGUGAUGAAAGAAUAUUACACCUAAAUAUAUACCAAUAACAGAUAUAGCAUUUCUCGCAAGCUCGCCCAUAAAGGCCAUUUGCCAACUAAGUUAUUUUAAAUACAAACCUAUACAAGUACUUGUUUUCCUUUGCUUCAUAACGUAAAAUUGACUCUCUACGUUGUUGAAUCAUGCUUUAGUAAUUUACUCUCUAGACUUUAAUCUAAUAAAUUAGUUGGCAACCAUGGAACCAAUUUUAAUAUUUAUAUGUAUCUUUUCACUCUGUAGUUAAACGGGAUUCUCACGCAUUUCGCACAUUCAGUUUUUUAAAACUUUUCUUACAUAAACACGCAUGUUCAAUGAGAAUCACUGCAAAUAUGCUUUUAUAUAAUUUAGAAUGAUUUUCUAUUAUCCAGAAUUACAACAUAUCCUGUACUAGUUUUAUUUUUUAACAUAAAUAAAUGAACGCAUUUUUUAAUCUUUA